CAAACUUUCAAUAACUAAUCCCACUCAAUAUCCUCUCCAACUCAAGUGCUCUCCUAUUUUACCACUAUUAACCAUGACUUCAAAGCUACUCUCCAUUUUAGCUACAUCAUUUCUCAUACUCUUUUAUAUCUCAGCUAUUAAUUCAAUCUCAACUUCAGCAGAAACCUCUCCUAACACAACUACAACUCCCAAAAACCUAUGCAAAACGACACCGGAUCCUUCCUACUGCAAAUCUGUACUUCCAACCCACACUCACGGGAAUGUCUACGACUACGGCCGGUUCUCCGUUCGAAAAUCACUGUCACAAGCAAGAAAAUUCUUAUCCUUAAUAGAAAAGUAUUUACGCCGACGCUCAACCUUAUCGGUUGCAGCGGUUCGAGCUCUAGAGGACUGUCGUUCUCUAGCGAUUCUCAACAUGGAAUUCUUGUCAAGCUCAUUCCAAACGGUUAACAAAACGAGUCGAGUUCUUUCGACCUUAAAAGCCGAAGAUAUCCAGACUUUUCUCAGUGCCAUCUUAACUAACCAGCAAACUUGUUUGGAUGGAAUACAAGGAACGGCGUCGUCUUGGAAUGUAAAGAACGGUAUAUCAAUCCCUCUUGCCAACGACACUAAGCUAUAUAGCGUCUCUCUAGCUCUGGUUACGAGAGGUUGGGUGCCUAAGAAGAAGAAAGUGACUACUUGGACCCCUAAAGGAGAACAACUUAAGGGGUUUAGAAAAGGACACAUGAAGAUGAAGAUGUCGAGUCAAAACAGAGUGGUGUAUGAGACUGUAAGCCGUAGAAACCUCGCCGAUCAGGAGGUUGCGGAUGCAGAGGUUUUGGUUAGGGACAUCGUGACGGUGAGUCAAGACGGAAGUGGUAACUUUACUACCAUUAACGAUGCAAUUAAUGCGACUCCGAACAAAACGGAUUCGAGUGAAGGGUACUCUUUGAUUUAUGUCACUGCUGGUGUUUAUGAAGAGUAUGUGGUUGUUGCUAAGAAUAAAUGGAAUCUAAUGAUCAUUGGAGAUGGAAUCAAUCAGACGGUGAUUACUGGAAACCGCAGCGUUGUAGAUGGUUGGACAACGUUUAAUUCUGCCACAUUUGUGGUAGGGGCGCCGGGAUUCGUAGCUGUGAACAUAACAUUCCGGAACACAGCCGGCGCAAUCAAGCACCAGGCGGUAGCGGUUCGAAACAGCGCCGAUUUAUCGACUUUCUACAGCUGCAGUUUCGAAGGGUACCAAGACACUCUCUACACUCAUUCUCUCCGCCAAUUCUAUCGCGAUUGUGAUAUCUACGGCACAGUAGAUUUCAUUUUCGGAAACGCAGCUGUCGUUUUCCAGAACUGUCACAUAUAUCCAAGGCUUGCAAUGGCGAACCAGUUCAACGCAAUCACGGCUCAAGGGCGCACUGAUCCGAAUCAGAACACUGGGUUUUCUAUCCAUAACUGUACAAUUAUGGCUGCGGAUGACUUGGCUGCGGCUAGAAAUAUGUCGAUGAUGAAUAAUAAUAGUACGAUUAGUGUUACGAAGACUUAUUUGGGGAGACCGUGGAAGGAGUAUUCGAGGACGGUUUAUAUGCAAUCUUAUUUUGAUAGUUCAAUCGAGGCCGUUGGUUGGCGUGAGUGGAAUGGAGAUUUUGCUCUCUCCACGUUGUAUUAUGGAGAGUUUAAUAAUACGGGACCAGGCUCGGACACAGCCAACAGAGUCACGUGGCCAGGAUAUCACGUGAUUGGGAAUUCUUCUGACGUGGCCAAUUUUACUGUUUUUAAUUUCUUACUUGGAGAUGAUUGGUUGCCUCAAACUGGUGUGCCUUUCAAUAGUGGAUUGUUAUAGUUUUUUUCUUUUUUAUUUAAAAAAUAUUAUUUAUUAUUAUUUUAAAUGAUUAAUAAAUGUUCAAUUGUCGAGA